AUACUCACCUCCCAUCUUCUCCCUCAAAGUCAUCGACUGUUCUAACACUUAAACCUCUCUAUCUCUCUCUCUCUCUCUCUGCACAGAUCAUCUGUCGCCAAGUGGGGGAGCUUAAGCUUGCUCUCUCUAAUAAAUAUAUAUAUAUUCAGAUCAGAACUCAGAAGUGACCUUCCCAAGAAAAGCUGGAGCUGCGAUUGAAGCCAAGAUGAGAGGGACCAUUUCUGGUGCCUCUACCAACCCUAUAGAGCCCAGACACCGACUCUCUCUAGCCAAAUGCUCGUAGGAUAUUUGAUGGUGCCGAGGAGCUGGAUACAGUGUCCUGGACUGCAAUGAUUGCAGGGUAUGUUCAAAUUGGUUUUCCUGAGGAGGCAUUGAUAUUAUUUGAAGAUAUGCAGAGAUUAGGACACACACCAGACCAGGGCAUACCAAGAUGGGUUAUGAAUGGGAGGCUGUCAUGUUUUUCCAAAAUAUGAAUAAAGGUGGUGUUAAGUCCACAAGAUCCACAUUGGGUAGCAUUUUGAGUGCCAUUGCAAGUUUGGAGAAUCUUGAGUAUGGCUCGCAGGUUCAUUGUCAAGCAACAAAACAAGGGUUGAAUGAUAAUGUUUAUGUUGGAAGUUCUUUAAUUAAUAUGUAUGCCAAAUGUAAGAAAAUGGAAGCUAUGGAGAAAGUGUUUUACCCUCUAGAUGAGAAGAAUCUCAUAUUAUGGAAUGCAAUGCUUGGAGGUUAUGCACAGAAUGGGUACACCCAGAGUCAUGGAGUUAGCAUGAAGGAUUCCAGUUUCCAUCUAGAUGAAUUUACCUUCACUAGCAUUUUAAGUGCAUGUGGUUGCUUGGAAAACUCAAGAAUUGGGCAGCAACUACACUGUUGUGUAAUCAAGAACAACCUUGAAGCAAACUUAUUUGUUGGAAAUGCAUUAGUUGAUAUGUAUGCCAAAUCUGGGGCUCUAGAUGAUGCAAGGCAACAAUUUGAGCUAUUGAAGAAUCGUGAUAAUGUUUCUUGGAAUUCAAUUAUUGUUGGUUAUGUGCAGGAAGAAAAUGAGGAUGAGGCUCUCAAAUUGUUUCACAGAAUGAACUCAGAUGGCAUUACAUGUGAUGAAGUGUCAUUGGCCAGCAUACUCCGUGCUAGUGCAAAUCUUCGAGCUGUUUAUCAAGGAAAGCAAAUCCAUUGUUUAGCAGUCAAAUAUGGUUUAGAAACUAGCCUAUAUAGUGGAAGCUCUCUUAUUGAUAUGUAUUCCAAGUGUGGGGCCAUUGGUGCAGCAUAAGAAAUUUUCAGUCUCAUGCCCGAGCGGAGUGUGGCCUCCAUGAAUGCUCUGAUUGCUGGAUGUUCUGAAAGUAAUUUACAGAAAGCAGUAAUAUUGUUUCAUUUUAUGCUGGUUGAAGGUUUGAGACCUUCCGAAGUCACCUUUGUGUGCCUUCUGGAUGCAUGCACUGAACCUUCUCUACUAAAUCUUGGAAGACAAAUACAUAGCUUUAUACAAAAGGUGGGGCUUUUAUGGGAUACUGAUUUCUUGGGUGUCUCUCUGUUGGGCACAUACAUGAAUUCUCAUUCUAGAACAGAAGCAAAAAUUCUCUUCUCAGAUUUUCCCAAUCCAAAAAUUGCAGUAUUAUAGACUGCUAUCAUUUCAGGACAUGCUCAAAGUGAUUGCAGUGAGGAAUCUCUGCAGUUCUAUCGAGAAAUGAGAAGGUGGAAUGCCUUGCCAGACCAAGCAACAUUUGUCAGUGUCCUCAGAGCGUGUGCCAUCUUAGCUUCUUUGAGACAUGGUAGAGAGAUCCAUUCUGUAAUUUUCCACACUGGUUAUGAUCUGGAUGAGUUAAUAAGUAAUGCAUUGAUUGACAUGUAUGCUAAAUGUGGGGACGUAAAUAGUUCAGUGCAAGUUUUUGUCAAAAUGGGCAGUAAAAAUGCUGUUUUUUCUUAGAACUCAAUGAUAGUUGGGCUUGCCAAGAAUGGGCAUGCAGAAGAUGCACUACGAUUCUUUGAUGAAAUGAAACAAACCAAUGUGAAGCCUGAUGAUAUCACAUUCCUUGGUGUUCUCACUGCAUGUAGUCAAACAGGAAGGGUCGCCGAAGGUCAUCAAAUCUUUGAUAUUAUGAUUAGUCACUAUAAAAUACAACCUAGAGCUGAUCACUAUGCCUGCAUGAUUGAUCUUCUAGGUAGAUGGGGCUUUCUUGAUGAAGCACAAGAGUUCAUCGACAAACUAGAGCUUGAACCUGAUGCUAUGAUGUGGGCUGCAUUUCUUGGUGCUUGUAGAAUACACGGCGAUGACAAAAGAGGGAAGCUUGCAGCUGAGAAACUCAUUGAGUUGGAACCUGAAAAUUGUUCUCCCUAUUUUCUGCUUUCUAAUAUGCACGCCGCAUCAGGGAACUGGGAUGGUGUUAACACUGUGAGAAGAACAAUGAAAGAAAAAGGUCUCAAAAAGUUUCCUGGAUGUAGCUGGAUUUUGGUGGGACAUAAGACAAACUUCUUUGUUGCAGGGGACGAAUUGCAUCCCAGUGCUGGUGAAAUACAUUCUGUUUUGAAGGAUAUGGCAGCAUUGAUGAAAGAUGGGGAUUUUGUUUCUGAAAUCAAAUCUUUUCUUCACAUGGAAGAAUAAGAUGGUGGCUUUUAUUUUUUCAAUAAGUUAAAAAGCAAGUAGUGACUAAGUCAUCUGCUGUUUGCAGACGGAAUAGAGCAGGAGCAGGACCUUGCAUUUUUGGGGGUAGACCCUAGAUCUGCAAGAGUUGCAAAUAGCUCUUCCAACAUUUGUUUGGAAUGAAUUUGAGAUGGAAAUUUAUACGGUUAUAUUUAGGAAGUCAAUUGCUGUAGAUUCUUGAUCUUUUUGAUUGAUGUUUUCACUGAAGAACAUAUUAGAAGGUUAAGCAGCCUAGGUCUGCAGGGUUGAACAUCAACAACCUUUUUUCACUGAUUGUCAAUUCUGAAGAUUAUUGGCAGUUUCUCCACAUUGGGGGAAAAGCAGCAAGAAGACAAGACUGUGUUCUUCAAUAACUGGAAUUCUGUGGCUUGUCCUUACGACUCAGCAGCUAAUGAUCAAGAAAAGUGGAUAACAAAUUGAAGACACAAACAAAAGGAGGUCUCUAAAAAGUAGAGUUUUGAAAGACAGUGACAAGCCGUUCCAUGGAUCUGGCCAAGACAGGAACUUGAACUGCAAAUUUCCAACUUUAAAACUUGUCUUGGUCAUUAUUGUUUUGGGAACAUUUUCUACACUCUUGCACUCUCCAUCGGUUCAUAUUGCUGACCAUCCAUCCAGUACUGGAUUUAGGCCGAGUUUUGUGGAUCGGUGGAUCAGGGAUACUUCUUCUGUAGACCAUGCUUAUAUGUCACUGUUAGAUAUUAAUUGGGACAACAUCCUGAACGUAAUUGAGAAACUGACCGACAAGAAUGAGUAUCAGGGAGUAGGUCUGUUGAACCUCAAUGACACUGAAAUUGAGCAGUUCAAGCAGCUUAUACCAGAUGCAGAGCAUGUCAUUCUACACCUUGAUCAUGUCGCAAACAAUAUCACUUGGGAGUCCCUGUAUCCUGAAUGGAUUGAUGAGGAAGAAGAAUUUGAGUUUCCCGUUUGUCCUACUAUACCAAGAGUUCAGGUCCCUGGAAAACCACGGAUAGAUCUUAUUGUGGUCAAACUACCUUGCAACAAGACAGGGGACUGGUCAAGAGAUGUAGCUCGUCUCCAUUUGCAACUGGCAGCAGCCGAGCUCGCUGCCACUGCCAAAGGAUAUCAUCCUGUGCAUGUACUUUUGGUGACUGAUUGCUUCCCAACUCCAAAUCUUUUUACCUGCAAAGAACUUCUUGUACGUGAAGGCAACGCAUGGCUAUACAAACCUAAUCCUAGCACAUUGAGAGAAAAGAUCCAGUUGCCAGUUGGGUCUUGCGAACUAGCAGUUCCUCUCAAAGCUAAAGAGAACUGGUACUCGGGAAAUGCAAAGCGGGAAGCAUAUGCGACAAUCCUGCACUCAGCGCACAUUUAUGUUUGUGGGGCCAUUGCUGCGGCUCAGAGUAUCCGCAUGGCAGGUUCAACACGAGAUUUAGUGAUUCUUGUUGAUGAAACGAUCAGUGAUUAUCACAGGGGAGGCCUGGCGGCUGCAGGGUGGAAAGUUCGUACAAUCCAACGAAUCAGGAAUCCGAAAGCUGAAAAGGAUGCCUAUAACGAAUGGAACUACAGCAAAUUCCGGCUAUGGCAGCUAACAGAUUAUGACAAGAUUAUAUUCAUCGACGCUGACCUGCUCAUACUGAGGAAUAUCGAUUUCCUGUUUGAGAUGCCAGAGAUUUCGGCAACAGGAAACAAUGGCACACUCUUCAAUUCUGGUGUGAUGGUUGUUGAACCAUCAAACUGCACAUUCCAACUGCUGAUGGAUCACAUCAAUGACAUUGAGUCCUACAAUGGCGGGGACCAGGGGUAUCUGAACGAGAUCUUCACAUGGUGGCACAGGAUCCCGAAGCACAUGAACUUCUUGAAGCACUUUUGGGAAGGCGACGAGAAGGAGAAGAAGGAGAUGAAAACGCGCCUCUUUGGAGCCAAUCCUCCAAUACUUUACGUCCUCCAUUACUUGGGUCUGAAACCCUGGCUAUGCUUCCGGGACUACGACUGCAACUGGAACGUGGACAUACUGCAUGAGUUUGCAAGCGAUGUCGCGCACAAAAGGUGGUGGAAGGUUCAUGACGCGAUGCCAGAGAACUUGCAGAAGUUCUGCCUCCUCCGGUCCAAGCAGAAGGCGGCGUUGGAGUGGGAUCGCCGGCAAGCUGAGAAAGGAAACUACAGCAAUGGCCAUUGGAAGACUAAGAUCCGGGACUCGCGAUUGCAGACUUGUUUUGAGGAGUUCUGUUUCUGGGAGAGCAUGUUGUGGCACUGGGGAGAAACAAAUUGGACUGAUAAUGCAACUGCUGCUUCUUCUCCGCCAUCACCACCUGCAAUUACUACUGCUUCUCUAUCUUCUUUGUAAUAUUUAUUCCGUUUUCCACCAAAUACUAGCUGUUUUGCUUAUUUAUUAAUUACAAUGAGCUUUACUUGUUGCUAUAAGAAAAGUAGAUUUUCUAAUUCAA